AUGACGUGUCUUGGGGGUGGCGUUGAGUUGUAUGAUAGGCGUGCGGGUGCCUUGGGUGAAGACCCUCUCAGAGACGAUGCUGAUCCCGAGGCCCUCUUUAAAAAGAUACAGAAAUGCACGGCCACGCAGGUGUAUGGCCAAACGCGAUUGCCCGUGACCUGUCGAGAGCACAUUUUGCCAAAGUAUGGAGUGCCUGUGUCAAGAUGUGGUUCGCAUGUGCUUUCGUGGGAUGUUGGUGCGCGUACAUGCUAUGGCUGUGUCACAUGUCAACCCAUUGGCAAAGUGACAGCUGUCACCGCAACGGAUUCAACGCAGGCGGCGUUGAAAUUUGAUAACCCCGUUGCCAUAGCAACGCCCACCAGGCCCGUGCCCAGGAGUAGUCACGCGACGAAGCAGAACAAACAGACGGCGACUAACACGACUACAACGGUUGCCAGGUCAACUACAACGGACAUCGAGGUGAGUCAGUGACACUUACCAGCAUGUGACCUGUAUAGUUAC